AUUAAUUAAUGUCAUUAUCAUCACAACGAUCAACAAUCUGACAGCACAUCUUCGGAGAAUCUUAUAGUAUACUCAGAGGCAAAAAUCUAUCUGGUGCACUAAAAUGACAUUCACAUGUCCAGUGUGCAGCAGCAAUGACUACGAAGAAGAAAAUGGACAUUAUUUUUGUACAGAGUGUGGAACUCAGAGUCAGGAGCUAAUAGUUCAGCAAGUUGAUGAAUCGUCACAAAUACACACACGCUAUGAAGUCAGAACAGAAAAAGCGACAUCAGUUAAACCAAAGUCAGAUCUUGGAAGGCCUUGGACAAUAUAUGAAGCUUACCAGUUCAUUAUUUUAGCUCAGGCUGAUUCAUUUAUAAAACUUGGAUUACCUGAAAGUUUUAAGGAAACUGUGUUUAUGAUUUGGGCAAAUUAUCUUAGCAAACUUGGCGUUGCUUUUUGUAAGAAAGAAAAGGUUGUGCCUAAUAUAAUUACAAAGAUGAGAGUUGGAAGGUUGAGAGAGCUCCACAGAGGAACUAUGGAUUACCCAUUAAACAGACACAAGAGACCGUUUCUUGAGACAGAGAACAAGCCACCGGAAGGAACUGAACUAGGUUUACAUGAUGAGGAGUUUUAUGAAGAUGAUGUUCCUGUAACCAAGACAACUGAUAAUAUUGUUUUUGUAAAUGAAGAUGAUGACAGUGAUGUUGAUGUGGUGUAUGUAAAUUGUAAAAAAAAGCAAAAUCAUGAAUCUAGAUAUGCUCAGGCUAGUCAUUCCCCUGAGUGGAUGAAUAUGAAAAAGACCAUUGCCAUAUGUUACAUUGGUGUAAUGCUCACUAGGCCAGAUAUCUUACCUUAUGAUGUUGUAAGAUGGGUGUAUGAGAGUAAAGUGCCAUUUUUAUCUUGUACCCACCUACUCCCAUCAGAUAUGGUUCUUUCUGCUGGAGAUCAGGCUCUAUUUGAGACAGGCCAUUUUGACUCCAAGGUUUUUAUCAAGGAACUCAACAAAAUUUUGGUGUAUCUUGAUUUAAAGAACCUGCCAACUCCAGAACUCAGAUUUCUUAUUACUCGCUUUACAAGGGAACUAAAUCUUCCUGAGGAAAUAGCAACUGUCAGUAUUCGAUUGACUGAAAUGAUUCCAUUUUGUUCUACUGCUAAAAAUAAACUUUUCAAGAGGAUAGAUGUGCCAGCUAUGAGCUACAUAAUCCUGGCAGUGAAAUUAGUUUUUGGACUGAACGACUCCUUAGAGUGGAAAUUAUCAGAAUACUCAUCCGCUGCACAGGAACUCGGAUUAGGGUCUAAGCUCUUCAUAUGGAGUGAAUGGAAAAGGUUCAUGAUACAGAAAUGUGCUAACGAGUUUGUUGCUUACAGAGAGUUGACCAGUAAUAUAACUCACUCUAGACUGAGUAGACUUGACCAGCUACUAGAAUGCUAUGCUGCAACUGACCCAGACAAAAAGAGACUGACAACCUGUUUUACCCUGAAUGUUAAUCAACGGCCAGUCCGUUGCUAUGAACAGGAGUUUAAGGAGGCGAUGAGAAAGCCUCUUGAGAUAGCCUUGGAUAGAUAUUAUUCUUCUGUUAAGUUUAAUGAAGAUACAACACAUGCCUGUGAUGUUGACUGGUCUAAGCAAGGGGAAAAAUUUCAGAAAGCAACCAUUUGCCACAUAAUAAAGUUUCAGGAAUUUAAAGAGAAAACUUCUAGUGGUGAAACAGACUCUAAAUUAAACCAGAUACAUGCUAAGUAUAACCUGCCAGUAAGGGAAAUAACUCAGUAUGAACGAGUGUCAGACGCGGAGCACUUAUCAAGCAAUCGGCAUGAAAGUUACAUGUGGUUCCUAAACCUGGCCAGCCAAACUAUUGACUGUUCACCAUUAGGACUGGAUAAAUUAGUUGUGAUUUUUGUUAAAUACCUGGUGGAAAAGUCUAAAGGACAUGACAUGGUUGGGAUCAAGUGUAGUAAUUUUGGUUUCAUAGAAGCAAGAGUCUCAAAGUGAUUUAAAAGUAUACCUUUUAAAAAAUUUGUUACACCUGUUAUUUGUUUUUAAAAUAAUUUAUUACUAAUGUUGAAUGUUUUUAAGGAGAAAACUCAAAUUUUGUUUCUUUUAGUGUAGCAUUCUCUACAUGCUACAACUCUUGUAUA